CGGGAAACUUUGACCAAGUAUCAUUAGUUAGUGAUACAUAUCCACUACUGAUGAAAACAACUGAUAUAAUUUGUAAACAAACGGAUCUACUACCAUUACCGGAAACAGAGAUGAAGCGACUUCUACUGCUCUGCACAAAAGAUAUACGAUUCAAAUUCAACAAUCAACUUUACCGACAAACCGAUGGGGUCGCGAUGGGUUCGCCUCUGGGACCUAUCCUGGCUGAUAUCUUCAUGGGCUACCUUGAGCAGACACAACUAAGUUCUGCUAUCAAUGGAACUACCUACUAUCGCCGAUAUGUUGAUGACACAUUUGUUGUUUGCAACGAUAUGGAUCACGCAUCGGCACUAUAUGAUCGCCUAAAUGAGAUACAUCCAAAUAUCAAAUUCACCAUGGAAUAUGAACAUAAUAAUGAGUUCAAUUUCCUGGAUCUAAAUGUAAAAAGAACAAACGAAGGCACGGUCGAAAAGUCCAUCUAUAGAAAAGAAACCUGGACUGGACAAUAUCUUCACUAUAACAGCUUUUGUCCCAUAAGCUAUAAACGUGGAUUAGUGAGGACUUUGUAUGACAGAGCCAGAAAGCUAUGUUCACCAAACAGGGUCGAAGAAGAAUUAGUUUUCGUCGAGAAAUGCCUAAGGGAAAAUGGAUACCCUAAGGGAUUUAUUCAGAAGUACAGCAGAGAAAAAGAUGAGAAAGAAAAGCAUCCAACUGUAGAAAAGAAAAAAGUUUUUAUGUCUACCAUACAAAGGAGAUGCAGUGUCACAAAAGAUUGACAAAAGACUGAAAGCUGCAAUAAAUAGAAGCUUCCCAGCAGCAAAACUCAUAACAGUAUACAGCACCACUCCCUCUUUAAUCCAAUCAAAACUGGAUAAAUACCCUGCUGAUGUCACCUCCAACUGCGUUUAUGAAUUCACGUGCACUUGCGGGAGCAAGUACAUUGAAAGGACAGAAAGAAGGGCUUCUAUCCGGUUUUCUGAACAUAUUCCCAAAAACCUGUGCCUGAAAGGAAGCAGAUAUUCCCAGAGUGCAAUUACCAGACACAUUAUUGAUACCGGACAUCUCGUAGAGAUUUCUAAGUCCUUCAAAAUAUUAAAUAGACAAAGGACAGCAAAUUUACUACGAUUUGCCGAAGCAAUCGCAAUCAAAAGACUUAAACCAGACUUAUGCAUACAGAAAGAGAGUGUGAUUAACCUCUCACUCCCUUGGUAACAGAAUUUUGAUUUUGAUUAGUCAUCUAAUUCAGUGAUCUCAACUCACUGAACAAAUCUUAAUCUCAUAAACUGUAACCAUUUUUGUUUUUUGUUCUUGAGUUGCUAUGUGAACCUAAAAGCUAACACUGUUCUGUUAAUCAAUUUUUUCUGUUUUCUCUCUUACCCC